ACUGGGAAGGAGGGGGCGGGGGCCGGCCGGGGGAACCUGGGGCAGCCGCUGCUGUCGCCAUGGCCGGGGUGUUCGACAUCGACCUGGAGACCGAGGAGGGGAGCGACGGGGACGAGCCCGAGCUGGGGGCGGAGAUGGAUUUGGAGCUGCGGGGGAAUGGCCUGGAGCCGGUGGGGCACUAUGAGGAGAUCGAGAUCUCAGAGAGCAGCGUCAACAAUGGCCCUGAGCGCAUUGGGCCCCACUGUUUCGAGCUGCUGCGCGUCCUAGGCAAGGGUGGCUACGGCAAGGUGUUCCAGGUGCGGAAGGUGCAGGGGACCAAUGCCGGGAAGAUCUUUGCCAUGAAAGUCCUGAAGAAGGCGAAAAUCGCCUGCAACGCCAAGGACACGGCUCACACCAAGGCUGAGAGGAACAUCCUGGAGGCCAUCAAACACCCCUUCAUCGUGGACCUGAUCUACGCCUUCCAGACGGGUGGCAAGCUCUACCUCAUCCUCGAGUGCUUGAGUGGUGGAGAGCUCUUCAUGCAGCUGGAGCGUGAGGGCAUUUUCCUGGAGGAUACAGCAUGCUUCUAUCUGAGCGAGAUCACGCUGGCCCUGGGCCACCUGCACUGCAACGGCAUCAUCUACCGGGACCUGAAGCCGGAAAAUAUCAUGUUGAACAGCCAAGGGCACAUCAAGCUGACAGACUUUGGACUGUGCAAGGAGUCGAUCCAUGAGGGAGCCGUCACUCACACCUUCUGUGGGACCAUUGAGUACAUGGCUCCAGAGAUCCUGAUGCGGAGCGGACACAACCGGGCCGUGGACUGGUGGAGCCUCGGGGCCUUGAUGUACGACAUGCUCACUGGAUCGCCGCCCUUCACAGCUGAGAACCGGAAGAAAACCAUCGACAAGAUCCUCAAGGGGAAGCUGGUGCUGCCGCCUUACCUGACACCCGACGCCCGGGAUCUACUCAAGAAGUUCCUCAAGAGAAACCCCAGCCAGAGGAUUGGGGGCGGGACGGGCGAUGCAGCUGAUGUGCAGAAGCAGCCGUUUUUCCGCCAAGUCAACUGGGAUGAACUGCUGGCACGCAAGCUGGACCCACCCUUCAGACCCUGCCUGCAAUCGGAUGAUGACGUCAGCCAGUUCGACACCCGCUUCACUCGUCAGACACCCGUGGAUAGCCCUGACGAUGUCUCCAUUAGUGAGAGUGCCAACCAGGCCUUCCUGGGCUUUACCUAUGUGGCCCCAUCGGUGCUGGAGAGCAUUAAGGAGGGCUUCUCCUUCCAGCCAAAGGUGCGCUCCCCUCGCCGGCUCAACAGCAGCCCCAGAACGCCCGUCAGCCCGUUGAAGUUCUCUCCCUUCGAGGCCUUCAAACCCAGCCUGGCGGUGGAGCCCAUGGAGCUAGGGCUGCUGCCCCCACCAGAGGGCACGGCCCCCCUGCCCAUCAAGACGCCGCCGGGCACCAAGAAGCAGAAGGGGGGCCGGGGCCGGGUGGCAAGGUAGCUUGAGGCAGGCAUAGUGCCCCUGCCUGGGCAGGAGACUCAGCUUGGGCCGGCGGGAAACUCCCUGUGGAGGUGCCCAGCCUGUCGGUGAUCCAUGGGGUGGACAUAGCCCCCUGACAGCUGAGUGGGGCUGGGGGGUGUCGGGGGCCCCCAGCCGGGAUGGACUCAGGAGGAGAUGCUUUGUCAGGGCUGCAAUUCCAGCAGGUGGGGCAGCCCCGGCUGGGGAGGGCAGGGGGUGCUGGGCCCCCGGGCUGCAGCUCCCACCAACGGGGCUUUUAACCCUUC